UGUCUAUAUCAAUACAUUUGCCCCAAUGACUGGCAUUUCUCUUACUGCACUUCUCACCAUCAGAUUCUGUAGCAAGGUUGGAUAAGACUGAGACUGAACAUCGUCGCCAACCAUGUCUCGACCAACGAGUCCCACGUCUUCAGACAUGUCAGCGCCACCAGUCGACUCUACCAAAUCAACAAUAGUAGACGAGGAAGCAGCUGCACCGCCAGAGGAACAACAACCUCCACCAUAUACGGUUUAUACGAUAUGGGAAAAACGCUUCAUCGUGCUGGGAGCCGCUCUGGCUGCCUUCUUCUCGCCUUUCACCGCGCAAAUCUACCUUCCCGCUCUGACUGUUCUUGCCAACGAGUUCAACGUCUCCGACUCGGACAUGAACCUUACCCUGACGACUUACAUGAUCUUUCAGGGAAUCGUGCCCAUGUUCAUUGGUUCUCUGGCUGAUCAGAGCGGCAGACGCCCUGCAUAUGUCAUCUGCUUUGUUGUCUACAUCGCGGCCAACAUUGGCCUUGCACUCUCGCAGAACUUUGCUUCUUUGCUCAUAAUUCGCUGCAUACAGUCUGCAGGCUCUAGCAGUACCGUCGCUCUGGCCUCGGCCGUCGUGGCAGACAGCAUCACAUCGGCUGAGAGGGGGCAGUACGUUGGCCUUACUGUUGUUCCUAUUGUCCUAGCGCCCGCACUGGGACCAGUCCUCGGUGGCGUUCUAGCACAGUAUCUAGGAUGGAGGUCCAUCUUUUGGUUUCUUGCCAUUCUGGCCGGCGUCUUCUUCGUCAUUCUACUUCUCUUCUUCCCAGAGACUUGCCGGAGAAUCGUGGACGACGGUUCCGUCCGGCCUCCAAAGCUCUACCGAACCGGCUUCCAGCUUAUCAAGGACUAUUAUAGAGCCAAGAAGGGAGAUGGAGCGCCGGUGACGAGACAAACAACAGGAGCAUCAAACACUGUCAAACCAAGCCUCAAGUUCAAGAUCAACCCCUUCGAGUCACUUCGUCUACUCUUCGAGAGAGAGCUUGGGCUUCUUCUCGGCUUCAGCGCCAUCGUCUUUGCUGGGUUUUACGCCAUCGCUUCUUCCAUGCCAACUCAGUUCCAAGAGAUUUACGGCUUCGACAGUCUCAAGGUCGGCCUGAUGUACCUGCCCAUGGCUGGCGGCUCAGUCGUGGCUGCCUUCCUUGUAGGGCCCCUGAUCAACUGGAACUACCGCAGGCACUGCAAGCGCCUGGGGAUUCCCUACGACAAGACUCGUCAACAAGACAUGACCGGCUUUCCCAUCGAAAAAGCCCGCCUCGAAGUCGGACUGCCGCUGCUGUAUCUCAGCUCAAUUCUGCUGCUCAUCUGGGGCUGGGCUCUACACCUCCGAGCGCCCGUGGCUGUGCCAUGCGUGCUUCUCUUUCUUUUCGGAGUCGGUAUGAUCGGAUUCAACAAUACCACCAACACGCUCAUCAUCGAUAUUCAUCCAGGUAAAGCCGGAACUGCGACGGCGGCGAACAACUUUACGAGAUGUCUGCUCGGCGCUGCGGCAACUGCAGCGAUUAUUCCCAUGAUUAACGGGAUGGGCGUGGGCUGGGCCUUUACUCUUCUGGCUCUUCUCUAUAUUGUAUUCAGCCCGGCAUUGCUGGCCAUAAUGUACUGGGGUGUGAAGUGGCGUCAGGACGCAAAGGACAAGGCGCUCAAGAAGGAGGGCGAGAAGAUCGCAGCAUGAGAUUGUGAUACCAUAUGAGUAUGAAUGUCGCGUAAAGUGAUACCCUUUUAGAUAGCUGUUUGGAUCUACCUUUAGUACUACAUGUAAUGCAACAUAAUUACAAGAAAGUUAUCGAC